AUAUAUCUUGCAACACUAACAUUAAACUCUGAAUAACCUGACAUUCACGAUCAUCUGUCAGAGUCUGUGUCUCUGCAUUCCUAUUUGUUUGUGUCGUACUUCAAAUCUUCAAAACAUCAGAAAACGUGAAUAAUUUAGAGUAACAUAAAUUAAAAGAUGAUCUAUUAAACAUGUCACGCAACAAUCUACCGCCAUAUGUACUGCAAGAGAUUCCAGAUAUCACAGAAAGUAUAAAUUAUCCGAUAAAAAAUGUUCAACGUAUAAAGUACACUUGUUUCGAUGUAUCAAAGUCCCUAAUAGCCUUUGGAGCUACUAGCGGUGGUAUCUACAUAUUUAACCGCGAGCCAUGUGAGUUUGUACAACUUAUACCAAACAAGGAUGGUGCUAUCACACGAUUGGCCAUAUCGUUAGACGAGAGGCACGUUGGUUUCGCAAAUGGCCGAGGUUUGGGAACCAUAGCGGGAUGCAACCAGUCACUUAGUGGCGGUCACUCCACUGUCACAUCUAAAGAGCACCAAGGCAACGAGAUCACUGCGAUGAUAUGGAGUGCCAAUCAUAUGCUGUUCAUGGGUGACGAUGUUGGCAAAAUAUCUGUAUUGCAACCUCAGAACUUUAUUGCUAAAACAAUGUUCCAGAGUUCUUCAUUAACAAUAAUGAGCUUAGAUUCCCGUAUCUGUCAACUGGAUAUGAAAUCAAGUAUGUUGCUUGUGUCCACACUAACAAGAUGUUAUGUCUGUGACACAUCCCGGGAACAAUACAGACAGAUUGGCCAGAAGCCAAGAGACGGCGAGUAUGGAGCUUGCUUCGUCGACAAACAAAAGAACAACGAACAACAGACAACAAAUACUGCACAAGAUUUCACUGAAGUAAGAAGAUAUAAUAUAGUGAGCGAUGACUCCGGGUUUGCUGUUGGCAAAGAUCUGCAGAACACUCUCAUAUUCUGUGCAAGACCGUCGUCCAGAGUAUGGGAAGCUACUGUAGAUGGUUCCGUUAUAAGAACUCAUCAAUUCAAACAAGUACUCGCAAGGAAACCAAUGAAAAUCAUCUCAUAUGACUCAUACCAGAAUGAAAAAAUAGAAUUGGAUAAUGUAGUCAAAGAAGGUGAAGGACAAUCCGUAAAUUUUCCGAAAAUUAUAUCAACAAAUGGUGCCAUAUUCUCAUUUAAAAAGAAUGCUCUGUAUUUUCUUAAUGUCAGUGAUGUUGAUCAUACAAUUUGGUUUGAUAAAUACAAGGAUAUUGUUGAUUGUAAGGUGUAUCAUGAUAUGGUGUAUAUAUGGCUGUCAAGCGGCUCUCUAGUGAACUUGAGGUUCAUGAAAAUAGAAAAGUUUUUAGUCAAAUGUUAUGUGGAAGAAAAGUAUUUAUUGUGUGCGGAACUGUGUGCCUUGUUUAGUGAUUAUUUGCUGACUAACAAUUUAUCACCUAAAUUACAUAUUUUGGUAAGUUUAAAAGAUAAAUUGAAUAAUGAAGAGUUGCUGAAUAGGAUUCAAGAUGUUCUUGCCAAGUUUGAAGGUUUGAAGUCCAAUGACGCUACACAGAUGAAGUCUGGUAUAUACAUAGUUGACAACACAUAUCACGCGCAAUCAUCACUUCUAGACACAGAUGCAAGAAGUAAUGAAGACUUCAAAUUGACAUUGCCUCCAGAAACCUUACAGACAUUAAAAGACCUGAGUGUCAGUGUAUCAGACAAAUUAAAUAGUAGCAAGAAAAUAUUGAAAGAGAAAUGGGAAGAUUUCGAGGGCAAAAUGAAACAUCUCAGUGUGGACAAGCAUCAUGAAGUAAAGGAUACACCAAUUAUAGAAAAACAAACACAUAUUUUGAACAAUACAAAGAUACUACCGGAUGAUUCUAUAAAACUCACCCCGCUUGUGUUAGAAAACGAUAUAAUUUACAAAGAAUCUAGUCAAAAGGCCAUAGAUGUAGACAAUAAUGCUUUAGAAAAAGAUAAAGAGAGCAAAUGUUUGUAUCAAUAUUAUAAAUUAAGCAUAGUUGGUAAGAAAACAGAUCAAUCGAAUUUAGUUUCUACUAUCGAAAAUUUCACCUGUGAUAUUAGCCAGAUCUACUCCCUUAUGUUACAAUUAGAAAGGUAUUGCAUUAAUAUAGGCUCGUAUGAUGAAUCUAAAUUUGUACCGAAUCAUAUUUUUCUCAGUUAUCUAAACGAAUCAACGAGGAAAGAGGAAUUACUUGAUUCUAUAAUUAAAGACGAAACGUUAUACAAAUACUUUGUAGAUUCGUGUAUAUCUGUGAAUGUGAAGAAUCAAAAGCUAUCGAAUAUAGGUUGUGACUGCGGGUUCCCUUUGCCCUACUCAAGGACGCUACAAACUCCAGUUUUCUCUGACCUUAUCGACGAAUUUAUUGAAAGACAAUGGUCCAAUCAAACAAGGAACCAAUGUUACGAUAUUUGCAAACGCAUGCCUUACUUAUGGAGGAAGAUAUUAUACUUGAGGAGAAAUGAAGACUUAUUGAAUAUUCUGAGGAUAUUGCUUCAAAUGUUGGAUGAGAAUUUGCUCCAUACUUUCCUACCUGGAUUCACACUUGACACUUGGGAGAGAGCUGUUCAGCUAUAUGCGACUCUUCAUGCUAACAUAUGCUUAAAUUGCUCAAAGAAGUUUGAUCAUAUAUCUGUGAGAGAAACGUUAAGUUGGGACGAUCUUGGGGCUCUGAUGAUCAAGUCUAUUGGCGGUAGGAAUGCUAUAAAAGUUAUGGAGAAGUAUGCGAGUCUUAUCGAUGCUGGAGCUAUCACUGUCAAGUUCUACCAUACAUGUCUCAUGGUGACUAUGUAUGAGAGAUAUGACGUUACUAUUACUGGACCAAUGACGGACACGCUUUACAGUGCGUAUACUUUUGAAGAUUGUAGAAUAGAGAUUUGCAAACUACUACGUAGCACACUAAAUGGCCAGACGAAAAAUACAGCGCUGCCUUUGAUCGUCGCAGCCAAAUCCCAACAUUGGGGUCUCAAACCGCUCACCGAAACCACAACGGAAAACGAAAGUGAAGAAUGCAAUAUAAAAAACGUAUCUAUCGACCAUAUUUUAGAUAAUCUAUCCCAUAUUAACAAUGGCGUAACUGAUUGCGUGCUCUGUGGGUUGCCAUUACAAAAUACUGUCUUACUCCAAGAUGGCGGACUCUGGGUUUUCAAGUGCGGUCACACUUUUCAUGGAUCAUGUUUAGAAUUGAACAAAGUUAAGCUUUGCCCUUCUUGUUCACCUGUUAAAUGAAUUUUGAAUUGAACAAGCACCUCAGUCAUUUACAAUAUUGAUAUCGUUUUGAAGCUUUCCUAUGUUUUUGAGUGAAGUGUAGAAAAUAUCGCAUAUUAUUAUAUUGGUAUUUACAAUAGUACAGAGAAAGCUUCUAGUACUGAUAAUCACUAACGAAAUUGUAGAUUGUAAUUAGCGAUUUCAAACGACGAUGUUAAUGAACAAAUUAUCGAUAUCUGUAUAAUACGUGAACGUAACAUCGUAUUUUUAUAUGUAUUUUUUUUUACAAAUUAACACCUAUUUUUAUUAUUAUUUAUUUAAACGUCGUUUGAACUCGAAAAUUUCGUAAAUUAUAUUGCUAAAUGUAUAGACCCCCAUAUCUAUGUAUUUUGUAUGAUAAAAAUAUAUAAAUUUAUAUUUGCUUGUUCCUAAUGUUUUAGAACAAAAAAUGGUUUGUUAUGAAAUGUUUUUAAAAGAACGCGUUACAUAUUUUUAUGCAAUCAAUGGCACGUUAUUCGCGAAUUUGAAUUGUUUUUAUCCAUAUUUUAGGAUUGAACUUGGCUAAUAUAGUCCUAGACAAUUAAGAUUUUUUUACUUACUUUUUAAAUAUUGUACAACACUCUUUACAUCAAUAUUCAAGAUUUGCAAGUUUUAAAAUGUACUUUGAAUGUCAGUUUUCUAAUAUAAGAACAUAUCUUAAUUAUUGUCUUGUUGUUGAUCAGAAAUAGUUUUUGUUUUCACUUCCAAAUGACGCGACUCUAUAAAUGUACAUUGCAACGUGCAUUGUACAGCUGCAACAUUUAGUAAAUUGGUCAUAGAAUUUUUCGUCGGAAUAUUUUUAUAAAAAAAUAACUUGUUUGUUUCAUACUGCGGUUAUUGCAUUCGUUACACUUCCUGUGUAUCUAGAUACAUAAUCUGCAGAUAUAUCGAGGUCCGAAUCCCGCAAGGGGUGUUUUAGUGAACUAUUUCGUUUUUAUCUUUGCCCUGUCUGGAGGCUAACAUCUCGCCAAAAAUCCCAGUAAAGCAACGAAAACCUGCUUUCAAGCUAACCGCAGAGACAU